AGUAGGGUCUCACGACCCUCAAAAAGCCGCAAUCAUUGAUUCCGACGAAUCGACGGUGAUAAUGGGGGUUCAGGAGGGGGUGGAAGAGCCCAACAAGAUCGGCGCUCUGAUAGAGAAGGCCAAGUUUUACACUUCCCUCUGCAUGGGCACGACGGCGAUCCUCGCGGUCUUCGCUUUCCUGUUCCUGAUUCCGUUCGUCGUCGAGCCGGCGAUAACUACCAUCCUGGCGGACUUCUCACCGCAUCCGGUCGCCUGCGUCACGACGGGCCACGUAUACGCGGAAGGGUUGAAGAACUGUUCGUGGGCGAGCUGCAGGGAAGGUUGUACCAGCGCUGCGCUUCGUUGUCACCAAAUCAAAGUCAACUACACCAAACUCCUGUACGAGGAGUACAUGGCGAAGCCGUUGGGCUCAUUGCCGUGGGACGUCACCGACACCAAGUUCUUCGUGAACACGGAAGGCUGCGGCUACCCGCCCACGGUCAACUGUUCCAAUUUCGCGAAGAAGUACGCCUACGAAAAUAUGGGGAAGAUAUUUCCCUGUUAUUACAGCAGAACGAAUCCGGAGACAGUUGUCGCAAGGUAUUCGUGGGAUGAGAAUCUGAGGCAUUUGGUGCUGGCCUUGAUCGUGCCCAUAGUAGUGUUCAUCGUGACGGUCGGCGUACUGUGCUACUGGUACUGUCCGCCGAUAAAUAAGACUUGCGGCGGAUCGAGUCGCAAUCUCAUGGACAAGUAUGCUAGAAAGGAAGAGUAAGUCAUUUUGGCAGAGGAUGAAUUCGAGGAAGACGAAGAGGAGUACUGACUGCUACCAAGGGCUCACCCCCCGGCGCGGGAGUGAUCCCAGCGAAAUAAUUUCCGAAUGGCUCCAGCGUACUUCACUUUCUAAAUUUAAGCGAGCAAUAGCAGCGCUCAGGAAAAAAAUUUGCGACGAGCAGAAAAAAAAAUGGAUCCCGUUGUUGUCGCCUUCUAUCGAGUUCACUUACUAAAACUUAACAAUGCAUCCGACUUUUCGCCCUUUAAAUCUGACUUGUGCUUUUAACAAAUGUUCGCUCGGGUUAUAUACCAGCGACAUAACAAUAUUUCUCUUUUUCCAUCUCUUUUUCUCAAUUGCACCGAGAUUAAUUAUAUGCACUUGCUCUAAAGAAAUGUGACGUCAGUUCCAUCCGACUAAUCAGCAAACGAAAAAAGAUCGCUUGCGCAAAGAAUAUACUUUAAAUUUAUGAUGUAAAGUGGGCCAUGAAUAUAUACGAGAACUCGGAUUUUUCAAUUAUCUAUCAGUAUUCGGUACGAGAGAAUGUGGCUCGAAACACGCGGAAAAUAAUAUUGUGGUAUGCAAUAUGAUACGUUACUAAUACAAAUUAAUUUUAUUUAUAAUACAUUGGAUGCUAACGCGAUGCGUUGACGCUCGCUAAAUUAUUCGGCAAUGUAUAAGAUCUUGUAGAUUAAUUGCGGAAGUGGUUUCAAAUGAAGCAAUUAAGAAACGGUGACUAUGUACUUCCGUGUGUUUCGAGCUCAAUCGUGAUAAAGGCGCGCCUUCCUACUUACGUGAUAAAAGUUUAAGCAGUACAAUAGUUUUUAAACGGCACAGAUUAGGUUUUGCAAGCAGCAUCGGGUUUAGAUUAAGCUACGUAGCCGCGAAAUUACGACUGAGGUCACAUAAGCUGCCCGUGUGACGAUAAGUCGAAGUCAUGAAGUAUUGAUGAAAGAAGUACGAGCCGCAGGCUCGAGCGCAAUAUCUUCGCUCACCGUCGAGUUGAAGAAACAGACUCCAAUGCGGACUCCUAUUAGGCCAAUCGCGUUACUCGCUACACUAAAUCACGUGGUUUUCCAAAACCGCUAAUAUUUUAAUGUUCCAUUCAUGCCUCUCAUUGUGGUUACUUUUCUAAGUAGAUCGAGCAGUGGCUUCUUUAUAUAUACUUUUUAAUGCUCUAAGGUAGGGCCAUAUAAGAGUCAUACUCUGGAAGCUCUGGAAAGCUUUUCAUCUCGUAUAAAAAUAAAAUAAAAUCACAAUUACAUUUUGUAGAAAUUCUAUUAGAGGAAAAGAGCUAUCCGUAAUUAUUGCUGAUAUUGAGAAGAGUACAAAGGCAAUGUAAUGAAUGGAGUUUACGAAAGUGCUUUAUAAAGAAAGAAGUGAAGCAAGUGACGCGGUUUGCUUUCAAAAUCCGCUUCCGCACCAAGUAACGUAGGUUAAGACUAGGCUGUAAGUUAAGCCUGUGAAUACUACCGAUCGUAAUUCUAUCGAAAUCGAUAUAAGAGUUGUUACGAAUUUUGUACGCGGACGCAAGUCACGUCGUGGAUUCUAUAGUCAAAGAGAGAAGAUAUAUUAUAUAAAUAUACAAAAAAAAUAAUAAUAAUGAUAAGCGUGUAUUAAACGCAUAAAACGCACGUGAACGCUGGUACGCAUUGUGCGCAUAGUUUAUAGGCUAAAUAUAACAAUAAAUACUUUUAAGUUAAAUUUUUUGCAGGGACGUGCGAACUAUAUUCCGUAAGCUACGAAACGACAUCGUUUAUCCUGAAUUGAAUGCUUGCAAAUCGCUCAAUAGCAUUUAUUCCAUUAAACAUAAUUGCUAAGUUCUUCAAAUAAAUUAAUGCAGAUAAUAAUUAGUAACUUUAGUCUAGGAUGCCAUUAAAAUAAAACGUAGAAGCGCAUGAAACGAUUUUUGGACAUGUAUUAAAUUAUUUCAAUGUAUAAAUUCAUUAUAACGUAUGAAGAGAAAUUGCUAUGGUUACAAUGUUAAUUGCUUGAUAUCUCUCAAAAUCAUUUUUUUCGAUUGAUAAUUUUGCUGUAAUUACUUGAAGAGUAAAAAAACGGAAAAAUGCCUAAAAUAAUUAUCGAAUAUGCAUUAAAUAAUUUGAAUAUUUGAAAUAAAUUAAAAAAUUGCUAUGGCUAGAAUAUUAAUUAGUUUAUAUCUCUCAAAAUAAUUUUUGUCGGCCGUUGACUGAGUUCUGCGCUUUGUAAUUACUUGAAGAGCACCGCGCCCUGAUAAAACAUUGAUUUUAAUAACGUUUGUUUCGAAGCAUAUGGAAAUCAUGUCGUAACCCUCUACAUCUAGUAUGGUUGUGAAUCCUUACUCGGCCUUGCUCUAGGUGUCCAGAGUGAAAGAGCUCCCACGCGGUAGCAAUUUCCCAUGGACCCUACGUUUUGGCACUCAUUCCCCACUUGAAGCUUGCUAGUCUAGUUUCCGUUACGAUCGAUUGCGCGAUCGUCUUCGAAAUCGCGGACGUCCGUCGAUUUCAUCUCGUGUUAACUACGCGAUUUCGUCCGACUCGAUUCUCCCUCGCUGCUACCUUCGUCAUACAAGUUGAAUGAAUUUUAAACGGCAAUGCUAAAUUUUAAUUGCAUUGUAUUUUACAUACGAUGUUUAAGAAUAAUCAAAAUUAGAAAUCGGAUAAGUAUUAAUUUGAAACACUAGUAGAGCAUCGAAUUAUAUUAUAAAUCGAAAUUCCUAAUUCUCUUCUCACGCACUCCUUUUUGCGAGAACAUUUGCUCAAGACGCUUACGAAUCGACGAAAUGACGGCGCAAAUUAAAUUCGCGUACGCUUCCCAAAUCGCAAGAGUAGCAUGUAGUUCGCUACCGAGCCAUCGAGAAAUUUUUCAUCUUUAGUUAGAAUUAAAACUCUUAUGUGAUACAAAGCUUUCAAGCGCAACACCAAGAAAGCUCUACGCGGACAAUCGAGGAGCAGUAACUCGCGUAUAAGCACAACUUUCGCAUCACGUAUCGGUUCUAGUGCCAAUUAAAUUCGCUAGCUCGACUAGCCGAUCGCAAAUCGUUGUAGGCAGCAUUCUUAGAGCAUCGAUCGCGAGAGAAGAUAUUUAUAUGUUAGAGACCAGGGAUCUCAAGUGGAUUACUUUUCUCACCGCAUUGUAGGAGAUUUCGUUUUGCAAAGAGAACUAUGAAAAUUUUGGAAUUGUCUUAAUCUUCUAGUUCUUGAAUGUUUUUUCGAUUCAAUUUUGAGACAAAUAAUAAGAAUUAAAAUUGAUAUUAGUGUAAUAUUUAAUGCAAUAAGAAAGGAAAACUUAUAAAACGUACAUAAUUAGCGAGUAAAAGAAUAUUUAGUCUCAAAGCAGCUUUGGGUCUUGGAAGAUUGUUAGGGAGAUUAAAUAGGAAGUACAUAUGAUCGAGAAAAAAAAUUUUCAAGAAGCCAAUAUUUGCUUGAGAUCCCUUUUUAGAUAGGUAAACAAAUUCUAUUGUAAAUUCAAAUAAUUUAUACGCAAGGAUGAUUGUAGAGUAAAUAAUUCAAGCGGUUUUAACUGAGUAAUCUAACGGAGCACGAAUUGAUAAUAAACGAGGUAUUGCGAAUUCUAUUUCCAUACACGAUUUAACUGUCAUGUGAAAAUCAACAAUGCUGUUUGUCUUCGAUCGACAAACGAGCAUUGUUCAAUAAUUAUCUUUACAUAUUGUAUGGCCCCUAUACAAUGCUACUAUAAUAGUGUUCGCACUUAUUGUAACCGGAUAUUUAUCAUGCUGACAUCAUUUCCCUCUCUUCUUUCCUCGCCUCUUUUAUUACAUAUUAAAAAAAAGUCUAUAAUAUAAAUUAGGAAAUACUCUUCGAGACGCUUCCUUUCUCUCUACUCGAAAAAAUUCUAAAGUUCGUUCACCGCUUCUUACUGAAUCAUAAAUAUUGUAUAUAAUAUAUAUACGGUGUGUAUAUACAUAUAAAUCACAUACUCGCUCUGCGAUACAAACGGACUAUUGUAUAUAAGAGAUUGUACGAGUUCGUCUAAAAUAUAUAAAAGGAACGUUUUCUGUUAAA